GGUCUACUGCGUUCCUCUUUGCCUGCUUUCAGUCUUUUCGUCCCUCCAAACCUCAUUUCUAUGGCAUUCGCUUCCACAUUCCCCUCACUCAUACAGCCUUCUCUUAUUUGCAUCGUCUCAUAGAUUUAUUUUUCCAUCGCAUAUACCUUAUUUCACCACACAUACACGACGAUGUCGCACAUAAUGGGCCGCGGACCGCGCGACAGCACAGUGAUUCCGACGAUGAAGUGCGCGCAGUGCAACCAGGACGUGCACAUCCGGAUGAUCGGACAGCACCAGUGCCCACAGCAGCCCGUAGUGCCCUCGCUACCAGCAGCAUAUGCCAGCCGGGGGCUGAGCACGAUUUUUGACGGGCCCGGCAUCAACCCACGCGACCACUUGGAGCAUUUGGACGAGAUGCCCGCGCAGCGCACACCGGCGAUGUCGGCGCAGGCGCGCAAGGAUGUCGAAAGCAAGGCGUUUCCAGCAGCAUACAAGCCGGCGUUGAACUUCCUCGCCGAGGCUCCGGAUGCGCCUGACGAUUUUGAUUUUGCAAGCAUACUGCCUGGCUCGACGAGUGCGGCACACAACAACUCGGGGUUCUUUGACCACGACCCGCACUCGCAGAUGAACGGCAGUACGGCGUCGAUUGAUGCGUAUAUGGCAGGACUGCGCGGUAGCAGCGAUCCUGUGGUCACGGCGGGCAAUUAUUCAGCAGACGCACAACGUGAAGGCGGUAGCAUGGGCGUGUACGACAGUAGCGAAGGGAUGAUGGGCAGACAGUCGCCGAUGCCGAUGCCGAUGUUGCAGCAGAAACAACAGAAGCAGCAACAGCAACAGCACCAUCAUCAUCAGGACAUUGACAGACGGUCACCAGCCCCUGCCCAGCAAGGGGUGUUUGGCGGAGAUGGGAUUAGUCCUGGACUAAAGGCAGCAAAGUCACUCAACAUACCGAAAACCAGCAGGCCAGACAUCUCAGGUAGUGUUGCUGAAAAGGUUGCGUCGCUGCAGCGGUCCCAGUCAGAGGUGCAGUCUCCGCGCAGCCGCCCCGCUAACUUUGGUGUUGAGAUGUCGCGGAGCAAUUCAACACGGCUCGAGGAGGCACGCGAGCAGCUGCUGAGCUCACUCCCCCCGUCAAACUCCCGGCCAGGCUUCAAGAGCCCAAACGAGACACCUGUGCCGUUGACAAAGAGCCCCGUGAACAAAACACCAGCAGACUCAAUCCCGUGGCAAAACAAGGCUGGUGGUGCAAGCCUCCCGUCUACAGUGCACAAUAAGAGCAGUGGCUCGAAAGGUACCGGUAUCCUGCCCACAGUUACGAAGGCGUCGCGGUCACAGACAGACAACAGCACCACAAACAAGCGCAUUGACGUGGGCAUUGUGCCAAAGACAAAACCCCCAACACUGCCUGUGACAGCAUCGCCGCCGUCGUCAAUGAAGAAGAAGGGCGGUGCCAACUACAAACUCCCAACUCCUACUGCCGACAGCCAGAUCCGCAUUUCGCGUAAAGGGUCGGUCCAGACCGAUGGCGGACCAUCGGCUCUCUCUGCUCCUGCUCCCUCUUCAACUUAUUCGCCUGGAUCACCAAACGCUAUGCCGCAGGAUUCGUCUAUGCAGAGCUCGUUCGACAUUCUGUCGUCGCUUCUGAACGAGGUUCCAACCAGCCCAACCCACCACCAUGCACCGAGCGCCAGAGUGCACCAGCCCCAGCCGCUCAAACCCGCGCCCAUCCCUUUGCCACGCAACAAACAGCCCGGCGGCACAGCUAGUCGAGGUAUUCCACUGUCAGCUGUUGGCAAAAAGUCGAACAGUCCGCUGGCUGCGCUUGACACGCACGGGGCGAUAGCUAGCGGGAAGCUGACUGGCGGGCCGAAGAGCGCGUCUGGGGGCAACUCGGCCGGGUCACUAUCGGCCAAGAGCGGCGGCCGCACCAACAAGCUCGACCUGCUGCUCGAUGACCUGAUGGAUGAAAUGCAGGCUCUGAAUGUGGAGAUGCGGACGGAGUCGGACCGCGACAGCAUGGCAAGCAGUACGGCUAGCUUCCGGAACUCACCGGCGUCGCCCACACACGACAGCGUGCUGGCACAGAAUACGCGCAAGACGCGGCUCAAUAGCACGGUUAGCACCAGUAGCAGCAGCAGCACGCUGUCCACAGGCGCCGCGUGCUUCGCAUGCCGCGGUAGGAUUGGCAACAGCAGCCCAGUUUGCGUGGGCAAUCACGUAUUCCACCGCAUGUGCUUCCGAUGCACCGAGUGCGACAGGCUGCUGGAUGCAAACAACCCCAGCCUGUUCCAAGUCCCCGGUGAUGGCGACUCCGUCAGCUAUCUGUGUGAGCGCCACCAGCCACGUCAUACCCAUAGCCACAGCCACAGCCGGCAAAACCAUCAACAGCAAAAUCAGCCGGACCUGUCAAAGUACCAGCCAGUUGUUCCCAAGCCUGCUCCUAACAACAGCAGCAGCAGCAACAACACACAGCAUAGCCAUCCACAUCACCAUCACCAACAUCAGGCACAACCUCAGGCCGCUCACCAGCAUGACACAGCCAAAAGCAGCCCUGUGUGCAAGUCGUGCUUGCAGCCCUGCGGAUCAACCAAGGACUCGGUCCAUGCACUAGAUGCGUGGUGGCACCGGCGGUGCUUCACCUGCCAAGAGUGCCGGAAACCGUUCCCCGACAAGUCAUUCUAUGUGUUUGAGCAGAUGCCGUACUGCCGCUUCGACUACCACCGGCUCAACGGGUCGCUGUGUGCGGCCUGCCACGACCCGAUCGAGGGCCCGUGUGCACAGGUCUAUGAGGGCCGGUUCCACCCGCACUGCUUUGCGUGCGACGUGUGCAAGGACCCGCUGCGUGACGUCUAUUAUAACCUGAAUGGACGGUUCCUGUGCGAGCACCACAUCCAGCAGCAGCAGUCUUUCAAGAUGGCCAACAAGCGCAAGACUGUGUUUGGCCGGGUGUGAGCCCACGAUCGCUUUCCUCGCCCGCAUCUCCACGCACCCAUACCACCUCACCUACUUUUUAUUUCGCUUCACCUUAUUCCCCUCUAUCCCAUGUCGACAAAUGUAAACACUCUUCCUCUUUCACGUUGCCAUGGUGUCUGCACUGCUGCGCCGCAGAAGAACGCGACGUGCUAGAUUUAAUCGCCAAUCCUGGCGAUGUGAUCACUUGUAGGCUUUGUUGACAAUAAAAUCUGCACCG